AUGGUGGGGUACUCAAGUCCUCCUCCUUCUUAUACGGAAGUGUCACUGAUGGAAAGGGUCUUGUUGUUGUUAAGGGCAAAGAGAAGCGAUGACGAUGAAGAGCCUCCUUACGUGGUCAUUGUCCAGCACUAUUUCAUGACUGCAUCAUGUUCUAAAGGUGUCUCUGCUGUGGCAAAAAUUUUCAGUGAUAGCAGUGAUGAAGGUUUUAGUGUUGAGCUAGAGAAGCCUUCUAAGAAGUCCAAACGUGAGUUGUUGUCCAUGUUUGAUGAUAUCGAAGGAAAAGGGUGGUGGCCUGACCCUACAACUCUCCCUUCUUGUGCAAUCGAUUCUUUAAGCACAACUCUGUUUUAUGAUAAUACUUAUUUUUGGGGUAACAGCAACUUUGGUUAUGUUGAUCGUAGUUUAGUGGUAGACGGCGGACAAAUAACUUGGGCCUUAUAA